UGGUUCUGAGAUGAUGACAUACGGUCUGAAGUCGUUGGGCUGUCUAUUGUCAGAAGGAUUUAGCCUUGGCCAAUGAGAGAGGAGUAGGAGUGUGGAAAGGACGCUAUAGAAGGCAGUGAAGAUACAUCAAGCACUCCUGUGAGGAUGGCAGCCAGUUUCUCUCUCCUGGAAGAGGACCUGUCGUGUACAGUGUGCUAUCAGACAUUCAGGGAGCCAGUGAUCCUGCUCUGCAGCCACAGCUUCUGCAAGGCCUGUCUGGAGGAGAGCUGGAGUAAACAGGAGACGCAGGACUGCCCAGUCUGCAGAAGGUCCUCCAGAGACCAGUCACCUCCCAACCUGACCCAUGUCUGUGAGACUCUACUGAGGGAGAGGGAGAUUAAGGACACUACUGGGCCCACAGUGGAGGCGACAGAGGGGCCCUCACAGGGUGAAAACAUCAUCCACAGGGGGUUACAGGGUGUGUGUGGUUUACACUCCCAGAGGCUCCAACUCUUCUGCCUUGAGGAUGAAUGUCUGGUGUGUGUGGAGUGUGUGUCGGAGCAUGCAGGCCACAGCUUCUGCUCUCUCAUGAAGGCAGCAGGCCAGAGGAGGGAGGGGCUCAGACCCACACUGGAGGCCUUGGAGGAGAAAAUGUCUGCCUUCUGCAAAGCCAAGCUCAACUGUGACAAAAUGGCUGCUCACAUUGGGGCUCAGGCCCAGCUAGCAAAGAAGCAGAUAAUGAAUGAGUUUGAGAAGCUACACUGCUUCCUGAGAGAAGAGGAGGUGGAGAGGCUAGCUGCGCUGAAGGAGGAAGAGGAGGAGAAGAAUAAAAGGAUAAAGGAGAGAGUGAAGGAGAUAAGUGAGAUGUCAUCUCUGUCAGACACAAUCAGAGCUGUGGAGGAGAAGCUGGCAGUGGAUGAUUUGUUGUUUCUGCAGCAUUACAAGACUAUGAUGGAGAGAGUACGGAGUGCAACUAAGGACCCACAGCUGGGCUCAGGAGCACUGAUCAACUUGGCCAAACACCUGGGCAAUCUUAAGUUCCAGGUCUGGGAGAAGAUGCAGGGGGCAGUGAAAUACAUGCCUGUAGUUCUAGAACCAAACACUGCACAUCCCUAUCUCUAUCCAUCUGAAGAUCUGACCAGCCUACGAUCUGAAGAUAAAGGACAGAGUCUCCCAGACAACCCAGAGAGGUUUGAUUCAUACCGUGACAUCCUGGGUUCAGAGGGGUUCACUUCAGGGACACACUUCUGGGAUGUGGAAGUCUGAGAAAAUGAUGACUGGAGGGUAGGGGUGGCCAGUGAGUCUGUUAGUAGGAAACAUGAGUUAGAUGAAGAAGAAAGUGGAAUAUGGGCUGUUGGGGUAGCUAAUGGUGAACCUUAUAAAAUGAAGAAGACCCAGAGGAUCAGAGUUUCGCUGAAGUGGGACAAACAGGAGGUGUCCUUCAUUGAUCUUAGUUCAUACACACAAACCCUCAGAACAUUUAAUCACAAAUUUACAGAGAAGAAGUAUCCAUACUUUUAUUUGUUAAUAAAUGGUCAACCACUACAGAUCCUCUCAGGGAAAGUCUCUGUAAACGUGGAAAACCAUGUGGAAAACCAUGAUAUGGAAUUGUUUUACGGUGGCUAUACCAUGGAUCAUUUUAGUUACUUGAUUUAGAAUUUUAGGAUUAUUUGAUAAAAUAUUGAGUUUGGUCUUUACUGCUAUAGCCCAUAGAAAUGCAUUGAAUAACACAUUAAUAAAUGGCAAAACAGACCAUAAAAUAAAUAAUAAAGAUAAGGUUUUUUGAAGUGUCUGUCCUAUACAGUAUCUAAGAUAACUCAGGAAAUAUGUAUAUAUUUUUUACACAUUUAAACCCUUUUUUUGUUGGCACAACUACUUCCACACUUUCAUAAUUCUUUACAACCGGUUUUGGGUUACUUUCAGACGAGUCCUGUGACACUUGUAAGGGUUUUAGAACAAAACAGGGAAUGCCUUCGUGUCCGUGAGGGUCUCCCCUUUCCAUAUUAUUUUUUUGACAAAACCGUUCGGAAGCUACAGAUGUUUUGUAACCUAACUGUGCAGUUCAAAGGCCAAAUCUUGACCAAGACAGCAGGGAAGAUUACAGGAAUGACACUUACCUCAUCUUUCCAGGAUAUUUUAGAUGAGACCAGAAGAGAGAGCAAAGUAUAACAUUUCUUUUCUCCUAUUCUCAUCAAUGUUACUUUCCUUUAGUUUUGUGGCUUUUGAUGCUAAACAGAAUCUAUCCCAUUGUUAUUUAAAAAAUAUGUUUUGAGAAUUUCUGUGAUAGAACUAAAGUAGAUGCAUGCCUAUUGUUCAUUUAGAAUUGUCAGCUUGCCAAACUCCUUAUCAAUGUGCAAGACAGGACUUGUAUAAAAAGGUAAAUAUUGAAAAAAGGCUAGUAAAUUGAUUUAUUUCUUCUUCAAUAAAAGAGACAAUGGCCAAAUAUGUUCUGUUUUGGGUUUUUAACUUCCAGAAGAUGGAAUUCCAACCCUUCUAAAUGACCAUGCCUGGUGUUGUUGGAGCCAUGGGGAAUAUAGGCAUGAGGAUGACCAGACACGGAGAAUCUGCUUCGUCACGCAGCUCUGCCUCACCUUGUCUCAAUCUCUC